AUGGACCUGGCUUUCCUGGACGACGACGACGGAUGGAGCGCGCCGCUGCUGAUGGAGCCGUUCCUGGACUUUGCCGAGGAGCCUCUGCCUACGGACCUUUCUACACCCAGCACGGUCAAGGAGGAGACGCCGUUACCCGGCGAGACGCCUCAGAAGCGGUACCGCGAGCGCCAGAAGCGCGAGCUCGACUACCUUCGUAACCAAGUGACGCAGCUCACAGCGCACCUCUCGGUUGUGCAGAGCCUGCGUGGCCACAGUCACGACUCGCACUGGGAACAGGUCGCGCGCACCCAGCAGCGCGGCAGCCAUCAGGCCCACAAGGAGAACACGCGUCUCAAGCGCGCGCUCGAGGAGCAGCUCGAGGUCGCCACCGUCUUGGAGCAGCUCCUCGUGAAGCGGCCCAAGCUCGCAGCUUUCCCGACACUGGACAUGGUCGACGCCAAGCUCCGGCACCUCCCGAUCGCCCCUGACGCCCGCCGCGCGAGCUUCCUCGCCAUCAUGGCCGACGCGUACGAUCGCGUCGACACAACGCUACUUCGACGUGGCCUCCUUGACGCGCCCAUUGGCCACCGGUCGUUCCGCGUGGAGCCGAGCACGAGCGGGUCGUCCAUGUCGAUCGAUAUUCAGUACGUGCACGCCCAAGGGCGCGACUACGUAUCCGCCGCAGCUCACUUUUGGUCGAUCUGGACGUCCGACCAAAUGCUGCCCGGCACGUUUGACUCCAAGGUCUUGGAGCGCUUUGGCGAUGACACGGUGUACAUGGAGCAGUUUGAUACCUUUCAUGGCACGGCGCCAUACUUGCGGCGGCUCUGCGGCAUGCAGCGCAUCGUCGAAAAGCGGCGCAUUGUGUUUGUCAUGCGCACGAUCCUCCACGACGCCAAGCACCCGCCCGUCGACGGUCUCUACAUUGGGAACGACGCCGCCACGAUCGUCUUUGAGCCCAAGGACACCAAAUGGUGCAUUCGCCGCAUCAGUCUCGGCGGCGAGCUCCCGAUUCAGCCGCCACCCGAGAACCCGCUCUUGCGAGAAAACCCGGCCGACCGCUUCAUCUGCGACUUCGUGCUGCACGAAGUCACCCGCACGUGCGAUGCCCUCGAGCGCAUUCUAGCGUAA